CGCAGUGCAUGGCCGAGCCCCGACCGGCCCCCGCCGCUCCGCCGGGACCCUCCCCCGGACCGGUCCCGGCCGCCCCCCGCAGCCGCCAGCCGUGACCUUGGCAUCCGCCAGCCCCGGGGACAGCCGCCGUGGGAUGCGUUAGCCGGCGGAUCGCACGGGAAUAUUUCUGCUGGGAAAAGGAGAGCGGCAGCCUCCUCCCGCGGCCGGGGAGCGGCAGGAAAAGCGGAUUUAAGGAGCAUCUUUGGCCCUUUGUUGGAUGAGAAGGACGGGGAAGGAGCGGCAGGAUGAGCACUAGCAUUCCCUAUCAGCAAAACCCCUACACCCCUGGGAGCGGCUCCUCUGUCAUCCAGUGCUACCGCUGUGGGGACACCUGCAAGGGCGAGGUCGUGCGUGUGCAGAGCAACCACUUCCACAUCCGCUGCUUCACCUGCCAAGUGUGUGGCUGCGACCUGGCCCAGUCGGGUUUCUUCUUUAAGAACCAGGAGUACAUCUGCACCCACGACUACCAGCAGCUCUACGGGACCCGCUGUGACAGCUGUGGGGACUUCAUCACCGGCGAGGUCAUCUCUGCCCUGGGCAGGACCUACCACCCCAAGUGCUUUGUCUGCAGCACCUGCAGGAAGCCAUUCCCCAUCGGAGACAAGGUCACGUUCAGCGGGAAGGACUGCGUCUGCCAGAACUGCUCCCACUCCCUCCUCAGCACCAAGCCCAUCAAGAUCCACGGGCCCAGCCACUGCGCCGGCUGCAAGGAGGAGAUCAAGCAGGGCCAGUCCCUGCUGGCCCUGGAGAAGCAGUGGCACGUCAGCUGCUUCAAGUGCCAAACGUGCGGCAUCAUCCUCACCGGCGAGUACAUCAGCAAGGAUGGCAUCCCGUACUGCGAGUCCGACUACCACGCCCAGUUCGGCAUCAAGUGCGAGACCUGUGACCGCUACAUCAGCGGCCGUGUCCUGGAGGCAGGAGGGAAGCACUACCACCCCACCUGUGCCAGAUGUGUGCGCUGCCACCAGAUGUUCACAGAGGGAGAGGAGAUGUACCUGACAGGCUCUGAAGUGUGGCACCCCAUCUGCAAGCAGGCAGCCAGAGCAGAGAAGAAGCUGAAGCACAGAAGGACGUCGGAAACCUCAAUCUCCCCCCCUGGCUCCAGCAUCGGCUCCCCAAACCGUGUCAUCUGCGCUAAAGUGGAUAAUGAGAUCCUUAAUUACAAAGACCUGGCAGCUCUUCCCAAGAUUAAAGCCAUCUAUGAAGUGCAGCGUCCUGACCUCAUUUCCUACGAGCCCUAUCACAGAUACACGUCGGAUGAGACGCUGGAGAGAUAUAGCUAUGGGGAGUCCCUGGGGACCCUCUCCCCAUACUCACAGGACAUCUUCGAGAGCUUUGACACGCGGCAGAGACGAGCCUCCAGCCCCGGCUACAUCGACUCCCCCACCUACAGCCGCCAGGGCAUGUCCCCCACCAUCCCCAGGUCCCCCCACCAUUUCUAUCGCUCAGGCACCGAGAGCGGGCGCAGCUCCCCCUACUAUAGCCAGUUAGAUGUGAGGUCCUCCACUCCAACCUCAUACCAAGCGCCCAAGCAUUUCCACAUCCCAGCUGCUGGCGAGAGUAACAUCUACAGGAAGCCCCCCAUCUACAAGCGCCACGACAACCCCUCCGCAGCCACGAAAAGCAAAACCAGCGAGGACAUCGCGCAGUCAUCCAAGUACAGCCCUGCCUACUCCCCGGACCCCUACUACCACUCCGAGUCGGAGUACUGGUCCUUCCAAGGCUCACCCAAAGCUCCCCGGGCCCGGAGGUUCUCGUCAGGUGGUGAAGAGGAUGAGUACGACCGGGGCAUGCACAAGAUCCAGAGUGGCAUCGGGAGGCUGAUCCUGAGGGAGGAGAUGAAGGCUCGCUCCAACUCCUACGCAGACCCCUGGACACCCCCUCGCAGCUCAGCCAGCAGCAGAGAGGCCCUGCACACCGCGGGCUACGAGGGCUCCCUCAACGGCUCUCCCCGAACCCACUACCUGGCUGACAGCGAUCCCCUCAUUUCUAAGUCGGCCUCCCUCCCUGCCUACAGGAGGAAUGGGCUGCACAGGCCUCCCAGCGCGGAGCUUUUCCACUACGACAGCACCAAUGCCGUCAACUGGGGGAUGCGAGAGUACAAGAUUUACCCCUACGAGCUGCUCCUGGUGAAGACGAGGGGGAGGAACCAGCUGCCCAAAGAUGUGGACAGGACUCGGUUAGAGGCAGGGGAUGCCCUCAGACCCCCAGCUUGGCCCUGGAAGGUGCCCAGCUCUGGCCCAGCCUCCCAUGUCUCCUCAGAGGCACCUGUCCCAGGAGGAAUUCUACCAGAUCUUCGGGAUGACCAUGGCCGAGUUCGACCGCCUGGCGCUGUGGAAGAGGAACGAGCUGAAGAAGCAGGCCCGGCUGUUUUAAACGCAGUGCACUAUAAAUAUAUACAUACCUAUAAAUAUAUACAUAGAGAGAUCUCUAUAUGGCAGCUCUGUAUGAUUCUCGGGGCUGUACGGGGCACAGGGGCCCUCUCUGCACCCCUGAGAGUGAAUUGGAGUCUCGCAGAUCGUUGGAUGCUCUGUGUUUCCUUUCCUUCUCCUGAUUGCUGUAUCGAUUCCUGGGUUCUCCCUAGACUUGGUGUCUGUCACUGCUGCCCCACAGGGACACAAGGGCAGGGGGAGGAUUUUCCUGCUGCAGCCACGGUGCCUGGGGCAGGCAGAGAGCAGGGUUUGGGAUGGGAGGUGGGAUAGGGGUGUCCCAUCACCUUCUGCUCAGCUGGGCUGUGGAUUAGGGGUGGAAAAGGCACUGGGCACAAUGGCAGGAAAGCGGGAUCUCACUGCAGGCUCCUUAAAUCCCUCCCUGCCUUUACGUGGCCAGGACUGGGGCACUUGAGGAUCCAAAAUGCAGAGCUUGGGGCAGCGGACAGAAGUGGUGGGGCCAAGGUGAGACCUGAGCCCCAAUCUCUCCUGGCCUGGUGACUUUCCCUGCAAACCCUGGGGUGCUCCAGAGACAGUUUAUCCUCCCAGGGUGCUGGAACAGCCACUUUCCAUCCACAAACCCAGCCCUUCUUAAACGGAACAGCCAAAGGCACGUCCUGCCUUGGGCAGUUUCUUGCUGCUCUUCAGGUUUGUCCAGGGCUGAGUAUUCCAGGAUAUUCCAGCUGGGAGCUGGGGGAGGGCCGGAGGACAGGAGUGGGAGAUGCAGGUCCCACUACCUGCUGGACCUCUCCUGGCUUUUCCUGAAUUCCCCAUCGCAGCUGCCUGAGUGCCCAAUGAAUCCCUCUGGGAAUGAAGGAAAUUCCCUCCCCUGCAAACUCUACAUAUUUGUAUCCCAAACUCUAUGGGAUAACUUCUUUUUUUGCUUAUUUUUAUUUUCAUAAAACGAAUAAGGUCGCUUCCACACAAACA